AUGGCUUUACUAGAAUCCGCGGUUGUCCUACAAGUUUUUCGGGAUGUCACCCCUAUGGCCAUUCUUGCAACGCUCCUGCUUACCACUUUCCUCACAUACGUGGUAUACAUGCGCCAUUUUCACCCGUUGUCCCAGUGCCCCGGCCCCUUCUUCGCGUCUCUCAGCAACACUUACAAAGCCUACUACGUGUACAAACUCACAAUUCAUGAGAAACUCCUCGAGUUACACAAUACUUACGGACCAAUUGUGCGCGUUGGGCCCAACCACCUGCAUACAUGGAAAGGCGACGCCAUAGCGCUCAUCUACAAGGGCGGACGAUCUAUGGGCAAGAGCGAGUUCUACGAUGCAUUUACGGCGUUCAGGCCGAAUCUCUUUGGGGGGAGGGAUGAAGAUAUCCACGCCCUCCGGCGUCGCCAACUAAGCCACGGCUUCGCGCAGGUGUCUGUUGCGAAACUCGAACCACUCAUCGAUGGCCAGAUGGCCAUCCUGAUCUCCAAACUCCGUCACUAUGCAAGGACCGGUCAAGCAUUCGACCUGAAGCACGCCCUGAACCUCUAUGUGCUCGACAUCCUAGGAGAAGUCGCAUUCGCCAAGGCAUUCGAUGUCCAAAAUACCGAGGACAAUGAGAAAUUGCACGCUAUCAACGACCACCUUCUGCUCGCUGGUGUAAUUGGUGAGCUUCCCUGCCAGAACUUCACGAAGUUCCUGAGCCGCCUCAGUCCCGUGCCCUGGAUGAGGAGGUUGAUGAAAAGCCGGAACAAGCUGAAAGAGAUAUGUGCGGGAUGUGUACGAUUCAAGAUUGAGAAUCUGGAGGCCACAAAGAGUAGGCCGGAUUUACUGAGGAGUUUGGUCGAGGCGACUGAUCCGGAAAGUGGGAAGAGCGUCGCGGGCUCCCACUCCACAGCAGGAACACUCACACUCCUCUUUUGGCACCUCAUCCAGAACCCGUCCAUCAUGCGCAAAGUCCAAGCCGAGAUCGAAAACACCCUUGGUCCGCUUAAGGACAGAACCUCCUAUCCGAUCGCCGGCAUCGAAUCCACACUGAAAUACACAAUGGCCUGCGUUCGCGAGAACUUCCGCAUAAACCCCGUGUUUACGAUGCCCCUUUGGCGCCGCGUCGGAAAAUCGCAUGUUCUUGAGAUUGAUGGGCAUCAUAUUCCAGAAGGCACAAACAUCUGCAUAUCGAACUACGUCCUGCAUCACAACCCAUCCGUCUUCGGCCCCGAUCAUAACACCUUCGUCCCCGAGAAAUGGCUCGACGAAUCCUAUAAUAGGGAAAAGGGGCGCUAUCUGAUUCCUUUCAGUGUUGGGCAUCGGAUGUGCAUUGGUCGGAAUCUGGCUAUGACGAAUAUCCUCAAGAGUGUAUGCACUCUGGCCACUUUGUUCGAGUUUGAGCCGGUUGAGAAGAAAAAAGAUGUUCGUGUAAUUAGUCCAGGCAUUGGCGAGAUGAAGGGUGGCUUUGAGGUGAGGGUUAGAGUCCGAGAAGUGAAGCGAGGCUCCUACAAGAAUGCUCUUUCUACCUGA